AGCCGCACCACCACUGCACCGACAGUAUGAAGACUGCUCAGCCAUAAUUGUUGACAAUGGUUGCUGCAAUUAACACCGAAAAAUAAUUUGCUCAACAAUUGUGGGCACCUGUCUGAAGAAGUUGAAAAUGGUGGCCAUGCAACCGACUUAGUAAGGUAUAAAUAGGCCCGUUGCAUGCAUAUUCAAGCUAAGUCGAGCAAGCUCAAUAUCAUCCCAGGUGAGGAGUAUUGAGACUAAACUCCGAGAGAGAGAGUGUUUAAGUUCCAAAGAGAGCUUGAGAGAAGAGUGAGCAAUUCCAGAGAGAAUUUAACAGUGUAGAUAGAGGUUCCAUGUGAGAAUCCUCCACGAGAGAAGUUUUUAUUUUUGUAUUCUAUUUCCAAGAAGAGAGUACUAGAAUUCUUUUUAUUUUUCUUCUCAUAUUUCUUCUUAAAGUGGUUAGAGAACCAACACAUGUGAUUCCAAUAAUUGGCAUGGGUGGCAUCGGCAAAACCACCCUUGCUCAAUUAGUAUACAAUGAUCACGCAGUUAAGAAGCACUUUGACCUCAAAUUAUGGGUUUGUGUUUCUGAGGAGUUUGAUAUUUGUAAGGUAACAAAAACGGUCCUCUGUGCAGUAACCAUGCCUAAUUCUCAAUCUUAUGAUGGCACAAACUUAGAUUUGCUUCAAACUAAGUUGAAAGAGGAGCUGAUGGGGAAAAAAUUCUUAAUUGUUUUAGACGAUGUGUGGAAUGAAGAUUAUGAUUAUUGGCAGAAAAUGAGAACACCUUUUAAUUUUAGGUCUCAUGGAAGUAAGAUCAUUGUAACAGCACGCAUUAAAAAAGUUGCAGACAUCAUCGGCACUACUCCAACUCCUUUUCAGCUUGAGCAGUUGAAAGAUGAAGAUUGUUGGCAAAUAUUUCAAAAGCAUGCAUUUGACAAAAUUAGAGAUCCUAGUGUACGUCAAGUCCUAGAGAAAAUUGGUAGAAGAAUUGUCAAGAAAUGCAACAGAUUGCCUAUAGCUACAAAAACACUUGGAGGCCUCUUGCGAUCUGAAGGAGAUGGCAGCCAAUGGGAAAGAGUAUUAAACAGUGAGAUUUGGUAUUUCUCACCUAAAGAAAGCAAAAUUCUACCAGCUUUGUUGCUAAGCUACAACCACCUCCCGUCACAUUUAAAGUAAUGUUUUGCUUUCUGUCAACAUUCCCAAAGGACCAUGAAUUCCAGAAGAAUGAACUUGUUUUAUUGUCGAUGGCACAAAAUCUUUUGUAGCAAUCAAACAUAAAUAAAAGAGUGGAAGAUGUAGGGAAUGAAUCUUUUAAUGAGUUAGUGUCUAGGUCAUUUUUUCAAGGAUCAAAUAGUAGAGGAGUAUCUUGCUUUGUCCUGCAUGAUCUAGUUCAUGAUGUGGCCAGAUUUGUAUCGAAGGGAUAUUGUUUCACAAUUGAAAAUGGCAACUCAAAUGGAAAUAUGAAGAAAGUACAUCAUCUAGCUGUUGUACAAGAUGUUUUCUUACAUAGAUUUGAGGCUAUUUCUGAAGCAAUUCAAUUGCGCUCCCUUUUAGUGUUGUCUCAAGAUUCAUUGUCGAUCUUAUCUAAUGAAGUAGUAAAUGAUGUAAUUUUGAAGUUGAGGUGUUUGAGAAUAUUAUCGUUGUCUCACUGUCGAAAGUUGGUGCAAUUAAGUGAUUCAAUUGGUGAGCUUAAGCAUCUUCGUUUCCUUGACCUCUCUUGCACUUCAAUCAAAAGAUUGCCAAACUUUGUGAGUAUGUUGUACAAUUUACAAACAUUAAAGUUAUCAUGGUGCACUGAACUCAUUGAGAUGCCCGAAGAUAUGUACCAUCUCAUCAACUUACGACACCUUGACAUCAAUGACUGUUUUAAUUUAAAAGAGAUGCCGAGACAAAUAAAUGAUUUAAAAGGCCUACAAACAUUGAGUACUUUCUACAUCGGAGAAGAUAGCGGGACGAAAUUGGGAGAGUUGAGAGAGCUUUCAGAUCUGCACGAAGAACUUUGCCUUCUGAAUUUACAGAAUGUUGUAGGUGCCAUGGAUGCAUCCGAAGCGAGGUUGAUGGACAAGAAAUAUCUUGAACACGUGCAUUUGUCUUGGGAACAUUUUGGAAACGAUAUGAUAGAUAAUAAAGAAGUACUUGAAAAGCUAUUGCCUCACACAAACUUGAAAGGGCUUUCCAUUUAUGGAUAUGAAGGUACUUCAUUCCCAAAUUGGUUAGGGGAUCAUUCAUUCUGCAACAUAGUUUCUAUAACACUUUAUGAUUGUAGAUGUUGCAAAAGUUUGCCACCGCUAGGACAGCUACCCUCCUUUAACACUGUGGAAAUUACAGAACUUAGUGGAGUGGUGACUGUUGUUGCUGAUUUUUACGAGAAUAUUGGUGGUUCUUUAUAACAAAGCCAUUUGCAUCACUGGAAGUCUUAAGUUUCA